CGUGCACAAAGCACCUAGAGUUGAGUACUCUAACUGCCCAUUUACCUUAUUUUCCCCACAGUCACACAAGAAUCCCUCUUUCAUAGUCGAAAUUAUUGAUUUUCAGGGCUUUGGCAAGUGUUCUCUUGACUCCGCCUCGGCCAAAGCUUCACGAGCUGAGCAUAUCCCUAAACAUCGACAGCACUUGUAUCGGCUCUCAGUUGUACAUGCUAUGAAUAUUGGCUGACAUUUUCGAAGCCUUUAAAUCUAGUAUUAAUUGCUGAGCCACUUCCCUAUUUCAAUUACCCCAAUAGAGGGUUUUCAGGUCAAACUCGAACACGGUCUCCCCAACAAUGCUGUGGAUAAUAGACCUAACUCUUGAAAUCCUCAGCUUCAUAAGUCCUCAGAUAUAUGGACAGGGCUUUUUUCAAGACCAGGUCCCCUUGAAGGGACAGGAGUGUUGCUCCCAAAUAACCUCUACUACGAAGUCAGAAGUACCUGACUAUUUUGACACGACUCUGGGACAAUUCGCUGGUCCAACACAGACUGGGGGUGCACCAUUCCUGGCUCAGACGAACGUAGCCCCCUUCCCGGGAAUCUCAUAUAUUCCGAACACGCCGCUGGAAACACAGGUACCAAUUCCUGGAAAUGUGCACAAUCAUAACAUUUUCCAGCGGUUAGCAAAUCUUAGCCCUUAUUUCCCUAAUCCUCGUGGGUUCGGCGUCCAGGAGUAUCCUAUUCCCUGUGGCUCAAUCGUUACAUGGUUGAAUAUGGUACAUCGUCAUGGCAGCCGCUAUCCAGAAAUAAGCGGGCGUGAGCGAACACUUGGGAAGAAGAUCAUGGGUGCGAAGGGAAAGUUCACUGCCAGUGGCGCUCUGGAGUUUCUAAAUAAUUGGAAGUUCAUGCUCGGAGCUGAGAUUCUUGUCCCCAUUGGAAAGCAAGAGCUAUUCAAUUCUGGGACUCUCCAUUACUACAAUUAUGGCCACUUGUUCCCUAACAAUGGGAGCAAAAUCAUAGCUCGGACCACGACCCAGAGGCGUAUGGUAGAAUCCGCCGAGUACUUCUUAGCUGGCUUCUUUGGACUUGGUUGGACACGGAACGCAACUUUAGAAUUGGUCAUCGAAGGCGAUAAUUUUAACAAUACCAUGGCUGGGUACAAGCUUUGCCACCACUCUAACUCACAAACUGCAUACAAAGGCAUCUUAUCUGUCGAUGACUGGGCACAAGUUUACCUCACUGACGCUUAUCUAAGAACUAAAGGAAUGAUUUCGGGAGAUUUGGACUGGACUUUUAACGAUACAUAUAAUGCACAGGCAUUGUGUGCCUACGAAACAGUAGCCCUAGGCUUCUCCCACUGGUGCGGGCUCUUCACAUUUGAAGAGUGGGAAGGCUUCGAAUACAGUCUUGAUAUCGGCUUUUCCGCUCUUGUCGGAUUCCAAUCACCUGUUGGCCGAGCCAUCGGCAUAGGUUACGUAGAAGAAGUGCUCGCUCGAAUGCAGCACCAUGUGAUCACCAACGCUGCCGCGCAGAUCAACAUCACGCUAGACAACAACACUGUCACUUUCCCGACAAAUCAAUCCCUAAACUUCGAUUUCAGCCACGACGCGAAUAUUAUCUCAAUCCUCGCCGCCUUUGGGCUGACGCAAUUCAGCAAAUUUCUCCCAACCACCCAUAUUGUUGAGCGCGAAUUUGUUCUUGGCUAUCUGGAGCCUUUCGCUGGUAGACUCGAUAUCGAAAUCAUACAAGCCCCUGCCCCUGUUAAUUCUAAUCGAUCGGACCCUAAAAUUUACCUCGAGGGGCCGCCGACGAGCUAUGUUCAUUUCAUCUUAAAUCAGCGUACGAUACCUCUCGGUAGAAGUCUUGAAAAAUGCGGGAAACGGGACGACGGGUGGUGUGAAUUUGAAACCUUCCUUCAGGUGCAGAAAAAACAGAUUGAGAUUGCUGACUUCGACUUCGCCUGCUUUGGAGAAUAUGAGUCUGGAAAAUACGGCGACGUGACUGACGGACGACCUGCGCGGUAG